AUGGCAAACAAAGAGAAAGAUAAGGAUCCUAGUUCGAUUGAUGUACUAGGAUCUGAUGACCCAUACUUCAUACACCAUUCAAACAACCCUACUGCUGUUUUAGUUUCUCCACUUCUUUCUGGAGAUAACUACGGAACAUGGCUUAGUGCAAUGACCAUGGCACUUCGCACUAAAAAUAAACUUGGCUUUGUCGAUGGUUCAAUCGAAGAGCCCAAGGAAACCACCCAACUAUGUCAAUGGGAGCGCUGCAAUGACCUUGUCAGUUCAUGGAUCCUCAACUCCACAGAAAGUGAGAUCCGUGUUAGUAUUCUAUACGCACAAACUGCGAGGGAAAUAUGGAUCGAUCUACAUGAUUGA